CUUACCUCUCAAAUCAAAUUCCCGGGCUUAAAGAUUGUAAAGGAUAAAAGAAAAAUCUUGUCUUUACGUUUUUUUCAACACAAAAGAACAGAAUGCUGGCAAAGGCUCCUCUGCUAUUUCCGGUGGGAAACCCCAGUUCCACCACUAGCAGCAGGAGGUGGACGUUGCAGUUGGGUAGUAGGAGCGCCAAGAGUGUAGUGGUAGGGGUGAGGAGUGGUUAUAGCCGGAAACCCAUGGAAACUCCAGGCGCUUAUGAGCUUAUUCACGACGAUACCGGAGACAAAAUCAUCGUUUGGGGAGGAAUUGACGACCAGCAACACCAAACUCCCAAUGGGGAUCCGUCUUCAUGCAAUCCAGGUGCGGCACCUGGUAUCCCAACUGCCCCAGUCGCCAAAUCAGUUGCCCGUUUCGGAAAUUUAAAAGCUAAGGCUGUAAAAGCUAUUGUCAGAAGAAAGACUUCCCGGAUGAAGCAAGAAAUUGCUCUUAAAGAUGAACAUGUUGCUGAAGACCACCAAUCUACGCUUAUAUCUGCUUCUAUACUCAAUUCCAUGAGGAAGAAGAUGAUAACAAAUGCUCCAACUCGGUUACGGGAUUUUAGAGAAACCACAGACAAUUACGCUGCAACUGCAAGACAUGGAGAUAAUCGGGCAGUACCUCCUCCAACGACCACAUAUAAACCUCACGAACCCGAUGCCCCAAGAGAUGGAUCCCAACUUUCACAUUCAAAACCGGCCAAUUCUAACUUAAGAAGAUGGGGAAAUAGCCGCUCCAUUCGUCACCAUGAAUCUGAUUCAACCCUCCAACAUCUGAGAUUCCAUAAACUGUCUGCUGACAAUGGUUUUUUUAGUAAAAAAACCUUCAGAGAAUUGGGCUGCAGUGAGCAUGUUAUAGAAUCGCUUAAAGCUCAAAACUUCCUGCGCCCUUCACAUAUUCAGGCAAUGGCUUUCGUUCCUGCUAUUGAAGGAAAAAGUUGUAUUAUAGCUGAUCAGAGUGGAUCAGGAAAAACAUUAGCAUAUCUUCUACCUAUGAUCCUACGUCUUAGGCAAGAAGAACUUCAAGGACAUAGCCAAUCUUCAUCACGAUGUCCUCGAGUAGUUAUAAUGGUACCAACCGCUGAGUUGGCUUCUCAGGUUUUGGGCAACUGCCGAUCAAUGUCUAAAAAUGGAAUUCAAUUCCAAUCUAUGGUUGCGACUGGUGGUUUUCGGCAGAGAACUCAACUAGAAAGCUUGGAGCAAGGCGUUGAUGUUUUAAUAGUGACCCCUGGUCGUUUCAUGCUCCUAGUUAAAGAAGGGUUCUUGAGCUUGACUAAUCUGAGAUGUGCUGUUUUAGAUGAGGUUGAUGUACUCUUUAAUGAUGAGGCCUUUGAGGUAGCACUGCAAACUUUGAUCAGUUCUUCACCCGUCAGUGUGCAAUAUCUAUUCAUAACUGCAACUUUACCCAUAGAUGUGUACAACAAGGUGGUUGAACUUUUUCCUGAUUGUGAAGCAAUCAUGGGACCUGGUAUCCACCGUGUAAACCCUGGCCUUGAAGAGGUUCUUGUAGAUUGCAGUGGAGAAUGUGGUGCUGAAAAAACUCCAGAGACAGCAUUUCUUAACAAGAAAGCUGCUCUACUGCAGCUUGUGGAGGAAAGUCCUGUUUCAAAAACAAUAAUUUUCUGUAAUAAGAUUGAGACCUGCAGAAAAGUUGAGAACACAUUAAAACGAGUUGACAGAAAAGGAACUAGGUUGCGGGUCCUACCAUUCCAUGCUGCUGUGGCACAAGAAUCGCGACUCGCAAAUAUGAAGGAAUUCACUGGUUCUUGGCAUGAAGGAGACUCUCUAUUUUUAGUUUGCACAGAUAGAGCAUCGCGUGGAAUUGACUUUGCUGGUGUUGAUCAUGUUGUACUCUUUGACUUUCCACGUGAUCCUAGUGAAUAUGUUCGACGCGUGGGAAGAACUGCCAGAGGAGCUGGAGGAAAGGGUAAGGCAUUCAUCUUUGUCAUUGGGAAGCAAGUCCGUCUGGCAAGGAAGAUAAUGGAAAGAAAUCAGAAGGGUCAUCCGUUACAUGAUGUACCAUCAGCUUACGAGUUGAUUACUUAAAAGAAUUUCCUGCUAAGAGAUAGAAGCAAGAGAUUUUUUAGCCCAUGUAAGUCACCACUAGUUAUUGUUAUUUCAUGCUGCCAUGUUUUAGAGGUGUACAUUACAAUGGGGAGGGCGAAUAUGAGACGGAGGAAAAGGAAACUACUGUGACAACGAGCUUCUUAGAAGAAGCUUGGUUUUUUCUGGAAUCCUAAACAAACAAUUGAAUGGUGAAUGGUGAACUGGCUGAAUACUUGGGAAGGGUUUUUAAUCUAA